AUGGACUUCCUCACGCCAGAAGACAGGAGGAGACUGGAUAAUCGUGAAGCCAUUGAUGUUACAAUCAUCCAACCAUGCCUUGAAGAGAAGCCAAUGCAUUUGAAGAAAUGGAUGAUGAAUAGGACUGGCACUUACGUCUUGAAUAAAGGUUGGAAUUCUGUGAUCAGAAACAAGACGAACCGUCUCCAUCUGAAUUCCACUGUAGAGCUUUGGUCCUUCACCUGCAAUGGGGCACUCUACUUUGCACUUUCUACUAGAGAUGAUGAUAUUCAUACUGCUAUUUGUGCUGGUAAUGAAAGGAAUGACAAUUCUAGAGAUUUCAUUAGAGAUAUGGAGCCAACUUCUGGUCGUGAGAGUACUAUUACCAUUCAUGAAGAUGUUUAA